ACUGACCCUCUCCUGAUGAUGAUACUGAUUUGUCAGUCUCUCAUUGAACAAAAGAAGAAGAUCGUUUAAACCAACCAAACAUUCUCCAUCCCAACAUGGCAGACGACCUCUACAGCAGCACCUUCUCCGCUUCAGAAUCAGACUUCUCGUCCGCUUCUUCCUCCUCCUCCUCUUCCUCCUCGGCCGCUGCCUACGUCCUCACGCUCGAGCAGAGGGCGGCAUUCGUCUUUGUCCUCAUCCUCUUCAUCUUCCUGGGCUUGCUGAUCGUCCGCUGUUUCCGGAUCCUGCUGGACCCGUACCGCAGCAUGCCGUCCUCCACCUGGACAGACUAUAUGGAGAAGGACACCUUCGACUACCGUAUUUCCUGACAGGCAGCCUGAGAGGCAGCAACCCUGACAACCAACAAGUUAAACUGAGAUGACGAUCACACUGAACCAGUAAUGCAGAAACACAAGCGCACAUUUCCCCCUUCAACAAGACUAGCUGGCAGCAUGAUGGGAAAAUAGUUUCAACAUUCAUCAGCUCUUUCUUUCAAGUUAGCGUCCAAAUAACAAUCUGCUUUCAGGGCUGGGAGACAGGACAAACAGUUUUACAAACAGUGGAGGUGCCCCCCCUGCUGGACAUUAGAAUAUGAAUGCAGAUUUUUUUCAUUUCUGUAUUCGCUUCAUUUUUUAAAACAAGGAGACUACGUCCAUUACUUAAGUACAGUCUAUGCUUCAGCCUACAGAUGAUACAAAAAAUUAACCAAUACAAUUUUUCAUUAAAAAAAAAAAAAGGUAACUCAGAAAUAAAUGGUUCCCCUGCUCCUGAUCAAAAAUCAAAACACAGAUUUCUGGCCUUUCACUUCUUUCUGAGACUUUAUCCCACUACCCACUACUCCACCUCGGGUUAAGGCCCAACUAUCCAGGGACACGCAGUCUUUAAAAUGUAGAAUUCUAAUUUGACCGUGGGUAAACAGAAGAGUCUGUACUCACAUAAAAGGGCGACAAGUUUACAAUGAGUCGACUCUAUAGACAUUUUUGAUAAAUUUGGGAAAGUGCACACUGUGUUAUUCUGCUUCCUGUCUGAUAGUCGUCUCAGUCUGCCUGGCAGGCACUCAUCUGGGCAAAAAACACAACAUGUAUCAACAAUGCAAAUAGGAAGAAAUGUUUGAUUCAAUUAAUUAAUUAUAACUGUGUUUCAAAUGUGUUGAAAAUAAGAAUUUAUGACAUCGAUUCUUAAUUUUAAUUGACAAUCUUUACAUGCAGGUCACGGAAAGGUGCAUUGUCUCGUCUCGCAUAAGGUUUUGCUAAUUUUCAGCCCUGCAAAUCUCCCGUCAGGCUCAUGUAGACAUAACAAAGACGAGUAUAUACAGUAUAAUGCUGCAAAUCUAGGGAGGCAUUUACCAAACAACACCUGUUAGUGAGACAUAAAUAAUUAUGGAGAUUUUAAAUAUAUUUGGACUAUGUUUUGGAAAUUAAGUGUUGAAUGAAGACAUGGAGAUAUAUUCUGUGUGCAUCUUUGAUUUUUUGCCCAGAUCUUCCACCUAUUGCAGAACUCCCUCCUCUCUGCAGCUCUGCAGCGUUCAGCAGCUAUGCAGCAAUAACAUAAAGCAGGUGUAUGUUAUGUUAUGUAUGCUGAGGGAGGGUUUCUUUGAUUUCUAUUAAACUGCCUGCCAGGCAGCGUG